UGCAUGUAGCUCAGUACAUGUAUCUGUGUUCGUGUUCAUUGUUCAUCACAUUGUCAAGGUGCUUCGAACAUUUAUUUCUGUCAAACGGCUGUCUGAGGGCCUUUAGCUUUACAUUACCUGCAUGCACCGUCUAGAUGUCUCAUAAUCAGAAUGGAUACGGAGGUUGAGAGCAAGCCAAACGGUAUUGUCCGUUCGCCAUCGACAAUGAGUGGCUGUUUCAGAAGGAACGCGUUUUUCAAUGCCAGUCAGCCUCCACUGGUGAAUGUACCAACAUGCAUUGUAAUGGUAGGAUUACCAGCGAGAGGCAAGACCUACAUUGCUAAAAAGCUAGCUCGAUAUCUCAACUGGAUUGGCGUCUCAACUAAAGUGUUCAAUGUUGGAGAAUAUCGGCGACGUGUUGUUGGCAGUGCCCCGGUGGAGUUCUUUGACCCAUCCAACGAGGAUGCUGUACGCAUACGCAGGCAAUGCUGUAUUGAUGCACUGCAGGAUGUCGGUACAUGGCUCAUGGAGGAUGAUGGUCAAGCUGCAGUGUUAGAUGCUACCAACACAACCCGGGAGCGGAGGAAAAUGAUAGUGGACUGCCUCGGUGCGAAGGGCAUUCGAGUGUUCUUUGUGGAAUCAGUGUGUAAUGAUUCGCAGCUUGUGGAGCGCAAUGUCAGGGCAGUAAAACUGAAAAACCCCGACUUCAUUGAUCAAGACAUGGACAAGGCACUGGCAGAGUUCAAGACACGCCUGGAGCUCUACGAGAAAGUCUAUGAACCGCUGGACUUUGACGAUGACACUGAUCUCAGCUUUGUUACCCUGUAUGAUGUGGGUUCAAAACUCAUGGCCAACAAGAUCCGUGGUCAUCUACAAAGUCGAAUUAUUUACUUUCUGAUGAACGUUCACAUCAAGCCGCGUAAUAUCUUCUUGACACGGCAUGGCGAGUCUGACAUGAAUAAGUGUGGCCGUAUAGGUGGCGAUGGUGUGCUUACGGAGAACGGCAUCCAGUAUGGUAUAGAGCUGGCCAGCUUCAUUGACCGGCAGAAGGAUGUCAUGCCGAACCUUCGGGUAUGGACCAGUCAACUGCGGCGCACCAUUCAGACAGCUGAAAAAAUCGACGCACCGAGAGAGCCCUGGACAGCCCUGAAUGAGCUUGAUGCAGGAGACUGUGAUGGUUUGACAUAUGAGCAGAUCCAGGAGACAUUCCCGUCACAGUUUGCACUGCGUGACCAGGACAAGUUUCAUUACAGAUACCCACGGGGAGAGUCGUAUGAAGACCUUGUCGCCCGUCUUGAGCCUGUUAUUAUGGAGUUGGAACGCCAGGGAGAUGUUCUUGUUGUGUGUCAUCAGGCAGUAUCGCGUUGUUUGCUAGCGUACUUUCUUGACAAGAGUUAUGAUGAACUGCCUUACUUGAAGGUUCCUCUUCAUACAGUUAUCAAGCUAACUCCGCUGGCAUAUGGUUGUUUGAUGGAAGAGAUUCCGCUCUGUCCAGACAUGCCAGUGGUCAACACACACCGCAGCAAACCUCCUGUUGUGGACGUGGAGAGAUCUGUCGAAGAUGCGUUAGAGACCGUUCCAUCGCACAUGUAGACAAGUUGUUCAAUGAAGAAACAUCUCACCCUCUGUACAAUGUGGAUUUCAAGUUCUGUAUAGUCGCCACCAAAAGCACCGCACCCUCUAUCCAAUAUUAAUUUUGUUUUGUACAGUCGCCACCAAAGUAUCGCACCCUCUCUACAGUAAUUUAGCCGCUAAAAAACGGCCAAUGCUGAUACUACUACGCUGCAUUCAUGUCUUGUCUUCCUGUACAUAUUUUCACUGACAGUUUUGCAUGUUACUUUCCCGCCGUAUCCGCUGAUAUUCUCAACCCAGCUGCUCACCAGAAACUAUUUAUUCUUUUUUUACUAACAUUCUCACAUGUCAUGUCUCAUAUUAGGGAGGCUUAGGGCGCGUUUGGUUGGUAUGAACUAGAACAGGAUUCACCAGAA